UAUGAACUUUAGCGUUGGAUCAAAUAUUCCUUCUGCAACUAGAGAGAGAAAUGAUAAAGAAGAUGAAACUGAACAAUCAAAGUCAAGAAGUUCAGGACUAGGCUUUGGCCUCACUCAACCUACUUCAGAAUCAUCUAAAUCCAAUAAUUUAGGAUUUAAUUUUGAGUUUUCAUCAUCUUCAAAUUUUGGUGAAGAUUGGCUUUCCAUGACUUCCGAAAAACAGGACUCGAACAAGCGUUCAAGUAACUUUGUAGAUUUUUCUGAAUUUUCCCCGACACCUCGAAAAAGACCAAAUAGUGGACAAGUAGAUAAAACCGAAAGUCAAAUUUUAUCUGCUGUUAGAGAAAUAAAAGAAGAAACUAUUACUUUCAUUGAAAAAGAGGAAGAAAUGAAGGAGAAGCUUAGAGAAAAGGCGGACGUUAUUCUGGAUGUUUUGAAAAAAAAGUAA